GGGUGGGCGUGCGGCCGGGAGGGCUGGGCUCUGGGGCGGCCUGGGCGUCGCUCCUCCAGCGGCCGGUCCCCUGGACCACCCGGCGCCGGCCUUGUCCUUCCUCUUCCCUGUUCCUGCAGGGACUCUCUGCAGCUGAGCCACUGAUCUCUGACCCCAGCACGGGGCUGACCUCGACCCCUCUGCCUGCCUGCGGAGCAUCUCCUCACAGGUGGCUCCUUGCCCCAGGAUGCGGGCUUGGGGCAAGAACUCUGCGAGGAGGGGCCGCAGGAAGGCAGGGCUUGUCCUAAGCCUGCAGGUGGCCGGGGAGGGCCCCCCAACUAUCGCACUUCAGGCCACCGGUCACACCGAGUGGUGUUCCCGAGGCUUGCAUGGUUUGACAAGAGAGGAACCAGAAGAUACUUACAUCAGGCAGUUGCCUUCUACUUUCUGCUGUGAUACCUUCACCCACAGACAAGCUGAGGUGACGCAACUCAAGAUCCGUGGACACUCUGCAGGUUGUUCAACGAGAUCCUCUGACUAUGGCACAGGUGGAGAAACGGGGAGGUUUGCUCCGGAAGUCUUCUGCAUCCAAGAAACCCCUGAAGGAGAAAGUAGUGUUGAUGUAUGAUGAGAUCUUCACGGUGGAAGACCCCAGCCAGUUCAGCCCUCGGUUUUGGGAGGAGCUCUUCCUCAUGAAGGUGAACUUGGAAUACCUCGAAGGCAAGCUGGAAUCUCUUGAUGGUGAGGAAUUAAUGAAGAUCAAGGACAAUGUGAAUUGCUUAUUUCAACACUGCAUCCAGGCUCUGGGAGAGGAGCAUCCAAUUCGAGUUGUCAAUGCUUUGCAGACCUUGUGUGCACUCAUUCGAGGAGUUCAUCAAAAGAAUAAGUCUACCUCUGGGUUUGACAUUAUCAACAUGCUGAUGGGCUUUGACAAGGCGGAGCUGUGCAUGAAGAACCUGAUGGAGAGUUUGGAUUCAUUGCUUUGUGCAGAAGGUUCUGAAAGUCUAAAGAGUUUAUGUCUGAAACUUCUCCUUUGCUUAGUGACUGUGACAGAUAACAUCAGCCAGAAUACUAUCUUGGAAUAUGUAAUGAUCAACAGCAUAUUUGAAGCAAUUUUACAGAUCCUCUCCCACCCCCCAAGUCGUAGAGAGCAUGGGUAUGAUGCUGUUGUCCUCUUGGCUUUGUUGGUGAAUUAUAGGAAAUAUGAGUCUGUGAAUCCUUAUAUUGUGAAGCUGUCUAUUGUGGAUGAUGAGGCCACACUUAAUGGCAUGGGACUUGUGAUUGCUCAGGCUUUAUCUGAAUACAACAGGCAGUAUAAAGAUAAAGAAGAAGAGCACCAGAGUGGUUUCUUUUCUGCUUUAACAAACAUGGUGGGCAGCAUGUUCAUAGCAGACGCCCAUGAGAAAAUCUCCGUGCAAACCAAUGAGGCUAUUCUUCUAGCACUUUAUGAAGCAGUUCAUUUAAAUCGCAACUUCAUCACAGUUCUAGCUCAGAGUCAUCCGGAAAUGGGCUUGGUGACGGCCCCUGUCAGUCCUGCUCCAACAACCCCAGUCACACCACUUGGGACCACUCCCCCGUCUUCUGAUGUUAUAAGUUCUGUGGAACUCCCACUGGAUGCAGAUGUACAGACCAGCAAUUUACUAAUAACCUUCUUAAAGUAUAGUUCAAUUGUCAUGCAGGACACCAAAGAUGAACACAGGCUGCACAGCGGCAAGCUCUGUCUGAUCAUCCUUACAUGUAUUGCAGAGGAUCAAUAUGCCAAUGCAUUUUUGCAUGAUGACAACAUGAAUUUUCGAGUAAACUUGCAUAGAAUGCCCAUGAGACACAGGAAGAAGGCAGCAGAUAAGAACCUUCCCUGCCGUCCUCUAGUCUGUGCUGUACUGGACCUGAUGGUGGAGUUUAUUGUAACACACAUGAUGAAGGAAUUUCCUAUGGAUCUUUAUGUACGCUGCAUACAGGUAGUACAUAAACUGCUUUGCUACCAGAAGAAGUGUCGAGUACGCCUGCAUUACACCUGGCGAGAACUCUGGUCAGCCUUGAUAAAUUUGCUGAAGUUCCUUAUGUCAAAUGAGACUGUACUUUUGGCCAAACACAACAUUUUUACAUUAGCCCUUAUGAUUGUGAACCUAUUUAAUAUGUUUAUCACAUAUGGUGAUACUUUCCUGCCAACCCCCAGCAGCUAUGAUGAAUUGUAUUAUGAGAUUAUCCGCAUGCAUCAGAGCUUUGACAACCUCUACUCCAUGGUGCUGAGGCUUUCUACUAAUGCAGGCCAGUGGAAGGAAGCAGCUAGCAAGGUCACCCACGCCUUGGUUAACAUCAGAGCCAUCAUCAACCACUUUAACCCCAAAAUUGAGUCGUAUGCUGCUGUGAAUCACAUAUCCCAACUGUCAGAGGAGCAGGUGCUGGAGGUGGUGCGAGCCAACUAUGACACACUCACGCUGAAACUGCAGGAUGGCCUGGACCAGUAUGAGCGCUAUUCAGAGCAGCACAAAGAAGCUGCCUUCUUCAAAGAGCUGGUUCGAUCCAUUAGCACCAACGUCCGGAGAAACCUGGCCUUCCACACACUCAGCCAGGAAGUCCUGCUCAAGGAAUUCUCCACUAUCUCCUGAGACCUCACCAACCUGAGCAGCCGCUGAUUGCCCUUCCUCAUGAGGCCCCCUCCCCUGGGGUUGAGGGGAGCAAAGGGAGAAGGGGGCUGCCUCCACGGCUGGAGAGAAACACGGGUGCCAGGUCCUCUUGGUGAAAGCCACACUACAGUGGAGCUUGGACCUCGGGGGCCAGGAGGAACAAGCCUGGGCAUAUCUUACUAGGGGAGGAAUGGGUGGGCAAGGGAGAGGCCUCCAAGAAUGCAGGGACUUCCAGGAAGAGCUUCCUGGACACCCUCUCACAUCUCCAGUUGGGAUUCAAGUUGUGGCUGCUUACUGAUUUUCUGGAGCUGGGCAGGCCUCAGGGUGAUGCCAGCACUCUAAGGGUUACUUGCUUUCCUCAACUUCUGAGAGCAGAUUGACUGAGGUACAGCUGGAGCCCACAGUCUGUGAUCUGGGCCCUAGGCUGAGCUGGGUUUGAAAUCUGUGUCCUCCUGCCCUACUGUGUGCAGUCAUUAGGAUCCUUAGCUCAGGCCUAGGGUAGAGUAGGAAUGGGACACCUUUUCUCUUCUGAAUUCAGAUUUGACUCCUGGGAAACUGGAGGUUUCAGCUAUCCAGCCACCGCCUUCUGAGUUUUAGUUUUGGCACGGGCAGUUAGCUUCCCCCUGCCUUCAGUCCGUUGACUCAUCAGCACAAUAGGCUCACAACCUUGGCGCCUCGUUUUUAAGCUGGUUUAGACUGUCUUUAGAGUGUGUGUGAAAUAAACAUUGACAGGUUUUCUGGAGCCCUCAAGGUGCCUACUUGGCUAGUUCCCUUCACCACAGCCCCUCCUCCUCCCCUGCCACCCCCUCCACUGGGAGCUGCUGCCUCUGCUGCUCUCCCCUCCACCCCUCCACCCCCUCUCCCUGCUGUUGUUUACAUCCAGCCUGCCUGAGAAUUUCCUCUGGGGAGGAGUCUGUUCCUGCUGUGGUCUGGUGCCUGGGAGGAACAGCACCUGCUGGAGGCAGGGUGCCCUCUGAAAAAACCCCAGUGAGCAUCCUACGGGGGGACCCUCAUCCUGUGUACCCAGAGCUGAGAGGAGCCACGAGCAGGUCCGACCUCCCAUAAGUUGGCCUGUUGUUCCUCCUCCCUUGGAAAGCAUCCAUGGGACCUCUGUAGGCCUUUCCUACCCUGUGUCUGCUGCUUCAGGACUCUCUCUUCCUAGAACUUUUUCUCAAGCCCUCAUGGUGGCAGGCAGCAAGGACAGGCAUCCAGCAGGCAGCAUGUCUGGGACUUCCCAGCUGCUGCUCAGUUAAGCCUUGGAUCUCUUUGGCAUCCUUGCCCUCCAUGGGAAUUGUGGAGUUCAGUACUGAGCAGUUACAUGCUGAUUCCGGAGGACGCAGCCACAAGCUGUCAUGUGGGAAGCAGGUUCCUGAGAGAUCGUGGGUUGGCUCCCCUGUGACUGCUAGAUGGAUGGCUUGGUAUGGGGCAUGUAGUGUUUUUCCACAGUGGUAAACCCCAGAGCAGUGGCAUCUGGGGCCAGUAGCAAGUCAAAGUUAUUAAAAAUUGAUUUGUGUGG